AUGGGGCUGCUGUGCCGGGAACAAAACCGGCCACCGGAACCGGAUCCGGUCACUACAAAAGAGGAUAAAAGUGAGUCGGAAAAUGAAUCCAGCUGUGGAAGUAAAAGCGGUUCAUCCUCCGAUUCUGAGAGCGAAUCCGGAUCUGGCUCGUCAAGUUCAAGCUCGAGCGAUAACGAAACGUCCAAUAAUGGGCUGAACGUAUCGAAUCGUGACACGAGCGGUACAGCAUCGACGGCCACUAACAACACAUCCACCGGCAGUAGUAGCAGUGGGGUACGGAAUUCGACUUCCGAAAAUGGCCUUUCCGAAAGCAAAUCGAGUAUUAAUCGCCACGAAGAGGACGAAGGAGAUGAUGAGGACGCAUCGAAGGAUGAAUCCGAUGCUUCGAUAGGGAACGAUCGGGACGAUGGUGGCGCUGGCGCUAACCAUCAUCGGUCACAGAACAAUCGCGUCCGAAGUUCGUCCCACUCGGAUAGAGAUUCGGACGAUAGUGCAGGGGAUGGCGAACCAGAACGUGGAAACAAUACCGCCAACAACCGGAACAGUGAUUCCGAUAACAGUGCGAGCAAACCGAGCAACAAUACAAGCCGCCAAAGUGACGACGAUGAAGAGGAAGAGGACGAUGAGGAAGAUGAUGAUGAUGAUGAUGAGGAGGAGGACGAGGAUGAUGAUGACAAUGAUGAGGACGGCGCGACGGCUAGGAAGCAACGGUUAGGUAAUGUGGCGCCCACAGUUCCUCCGCCACCUCCUCCAGUAGACGACGAUGAAGAUGACGACGAGGAGGAUGAAGACGAAGAGGAAGCGCAACAGUCCUCCAAAAGCAGUUACGAUGACGAAGACUACGCAGCGAACAAAUUGAGGCGGAAAAGUGCUCGAAAGAAAGCAGUUGCCGCGGCACGGAAACGACCAGCAGCCCAACCCGCUUCGAAAGCUAAGAAGAAGAAAAGCUCCAACAGUCGUUGGAAGUCGGACACGUCGGAAAGCGAUGCUAGUGAUUCAGAUGAUUCCCGAGAGCAACGAUACCGGCGGAAACCUCCGGCCGUUACUGUCGCUGCGAAGAAACGUUCCGCUGCAGCAACAAAUGCCAAAUCGAAGGCUGCGUCCAAAAAGAAAAAGUCGAACGCGUACAGUUCCGACGACGGUAGCAAUAGCGACGACGAAAGGAAACGUUCGGCAGCUACGAGAAGGAAAAAUAACACUGUAAGCUACAAAGAAGAGAGCGGCGAUGAGCCAACGGACAGUGACGAUUUGCUAGAGGUGGACCAGGAAGCGGAAGAGGCAGCGGCAGCAUUGGCAGCCGAAGAAGAAAAGGCGGAAACGAUCGAAAGAAUCAUCGGACGUCGGAAGGGUCGUCAUGGAGCAACAGGUGCCGUAACGACCGUCUAUGCGAUCGAGGAGAAUGGUGAUCCGAACGAAGUCGGUGGUGAAGGUGUUGGUCGUGAGCUGGAGGAACAGUUUCUGAUCAAAUGGACCGGUUGGUCGUACCUACACUGCACCUGGGAAUCGGAGGAAACGCUCCGGGAGCAGAAAGUGAAGGGUAUGAAGAAGUUGGAAAACUACAUCAAGCGUGAACAGCAGCUGGAACACUGGCGAAAGUAUCAGGCUGGGCCGGAAGACAUCGAUUACUACGAGUGCCAACAGGAGCUGCAGCAGGAUCUGCUCAAAAGUUACUAUAAUGUGGAACGCAUCAUUGCGCAAGCGAACAAAGCCGAGGAAGGUGAUACGGGUCUAGAGUAUCUCUGCAAGUGGGAAUCCCUCCCUUAUUCUGACUCGACCUGGGAGGAUGCUGGCUUAAUACGGCGAAAAUGGCAGCACAAGAUUGUGGAGUUUCACGAACGCGAGGAAUCACGGCACACACCGUCGAAACACUGCAAAGCGAUACGCUACCGGCCAAACUUUAAGCACCUGAAGGUGCAACCGGAGUACCUCGGUGAGGAGCGUGGGCUGAAGCUGCGUGACUAUCAGAUGGACGGGUUGAAUUGGUUGAUACUGACGUGGUGCAAGGAUAACUCGGUCAUACUGGCUGACGAAAUGGGGUUGGGCAAGACAAUUCAGACGAUAUGCUUCUUGUAUUAUCUGUUCAAGUCGCAGCAACUGUACGGACCGUUUCUGUGCGUGGUACCGCUCAGUACGAUGCCAGCCUGGCAGCGCGAGUUUGGCAUCUGGGCACGGGAGUUGAAUGUGGUGACGUAUCUGGGCGAUGUGCAGUCGCGUGAGAUUAUUCGCCAGUACGAGUGGUGCUACGACAGCACGAAGAAACUCAAAUUUAAUGCCAUCCUUACGACGUACGAGAUACUGCUAAAGGAUAAAACGUUCCUCGGUUCGAUCGGAUGGGCCUCGCUGCUGGUAGACGAAGCGCAUCGACUCAAGAACGAUGAUUCACUGCUGUAUAAAGCGCUAAAAGAGUUUGAUACGAACCAUCGGUUACUGAUCACGGGCACACCGUUGCAAAACUCACUCAAGGAAUUGUGGGCCCUGCUGCACUUCAUCAUGCCGGAACGGUUCGAAUCAUGGGAUGAUUUCGAACGAAACUACGGCAACACAACCAACGACAAGAGCUACACGAAACUUCACAAAGAGCUCGAACCGUACAUUCUGCGGCGGGUGAAGAAGGACGUAGAGAAGAGUUUACCGGCGAAGGUGGAACAGAUAUUGCGCGUCGAAAUGACGUCCAUUCAGCGGCAGUAUUACAAGUGGAUCUUGUCGAAGAACUUCGAUGCGUUGCGAAAGGGUAUGAAGGGUUCGGUUGGUACGUUCCUAAACAUUGUGAUCGAGCUGAAAAAGUGUUGCAAUCAUGCGGCAUUAACGCGCCCGAUGGAGUUUGAGACGCAGCGCGACAAUCAGCAAAACGUGGUGCAGCAACUGUUGAAAGGUUCGGGCAAGUUGGUGCUGCUGGAUAAGCUGCUUUGUCGGUUAAAGGAGACGGGCCACCGGGUGUUGAUCUUCUCGCAGAUGGUGCGUAUGCUCGACAUUUUGGCCGAGUAUCUACAGAAGCGUCACUUUUCCUUCCAACGACUCGAUGGAAGCAUAAAGGGGGAACUGCGAAAGCAAGCGCUGGACCACUUUAAUGCGGAAGGUUCGACGGAUUUUUGUUUCCUGCUGUCAACGCGUGCUGGUGGAUUGGGUAUUAAUCUUGCCACGGCUGAUACGGUCAUCAUAUUCGAUUCGGAUUGGAACCCGCAAAACGAUCUGCAGGCACAGGCCCGUGCCCAUCGUAUCGGGCAGAAGAAUCAGGUUAACAUCUACCGCCUGGUGACGGCACACUCGGUCGAGGAAAACAUUGUGGAGCGUGCCAAGCAGAAGAUGGUGCUGGAUCAUCUCGUAAUCCAGCGCAUGGACACAACGGGGCGUACCGUGUUGGACAAAAAUGGAGGCAGCAAUACGUCGAAUCCUUUCAACAAGGAUGAGUUGUCGGCAAUUUUAAAAUUUGGCGCCGAAGAGCUAUUCAAGGAGGAGGAUGAUGGUGAUGAGGAGCUGGUGUGUGAUAUCGAUGAGAUAUUGCGGCGAGCGGAAACGCGCGACGAAGCGCCGGGUAUGCCGGGAGACGAGUUGCUCUCCGCAUUUAACGUAACGACGUUCGAUUUCGACGAAGAUAAGGUUGUGUCCGGUGCGAAACCAACGAUCGGUGGGAGUGGUGGUGGUGGUGGUGGUGGUGUGGACCAGGAUCAAGACACCAAGGACUGGGACGAAAUCAUUCCAAAGUCAUAUCGCGAGCUGGUUGAGGCGGAAGAGCGCGAUCGGGAGAUUAAGGAUCUUUAUCUACCGCCACGAAGGCCUGCGGUGAAGCAGGGCAACAACCAGCAUGGUGACAACGAUGCUGAUGGUCGGAAGGGAGGUGGUAAGGGCAAGAAACGGAAAGGUGGCGACGAUGAUAGUGAGGAGCUGGAAUCGGAUGGUGGCAGCGGUGGUGAGGAUGGCAAAACGAAACGAUCACGUGGCCGUCCUUCGAACAAGGAGAAAAUCAAUGGCUUCUCGGAUGCGGAGCUAAGACGGUUGAUAAAGAGCUACAAAAAGUUCCCGGCACCAUUGAAACGGCUCGAAGCGAUCGCCUGUGAUGCGGAGUUGCAGGAGAAACCGUUGUCCGAUCUGCGGCGAGUAGCACAACUGCUGCACGACCGGUGCUUACAGACGAUGCGCGAAAUUGCGAAAGAAAUCGAAGCGGAAGGAGGGGCAGGAGGGAAGCACGCACCGUCGGCGUUGGUGGCGGAUGCGAAAAAAAAGUGUGCCCGUGCAGCCUAUUCCAGUAAGAUUGGUGGUGCAUCGUUUAACGUGAAAACGAUGAUGCAGUGUGUGGAGGAGCUACAACCGCUGGACGAGGUGAUACCGAGCGAUGCGGCAGAACGUGCCCGGUGGACACUUAACAUAAAGACGCGGCCGCCCAACUUUGAUGUGGAUUGGAGCGGUGAGGAUGAUUCGCGAUUGUUGCGUGGCAUUUAUCAGUUUGGCAUCGGUUCGUGGGAAGCGAUGAAGAUGGACCCAUCGCUUGGGCUAGCCGAUAAGAUCCUGUCGAACGAGGCGAGCCGGAAACCGCAGGGUAAACAUCUACAAUCGCGUGCCGAAUAUCUGCUGAAGGUGCUGCGAAAGACGCUCGAGCUGAAGCGUGGGCCAUCGAAACCGCGCAAACAGCGGAAGCCUAAAGAGAUUAAGUCACUGGUCUCGGUGACACCGGUUGGAGCUAGUCCAAUGCGGGAUAUUGAUUCGUCGAUAAGUUGUUCCAUCUCGGCAACGAUCGCUGCGGUUGCUGCUGGCGAAGAUGUGGCAAUGAGUGGAGCUGGCAAUCCUUUGUCAAGUGGUGCGGGCCUAACACCCUCAUCCGGUGCCAGCGGAACCGUUGGAUCGACAAACGCAUCGGUCGUUGGUUCGACUGAAGAGAAAAAGACUGGUAGCAAAAUUAAAAAACUGUCUGAAUCGGACCAGUAUCAUCAGCAUCAUCAUUAUCACAACCAUAAUCACGAUGAGCAUUCGAACGGAUCCAGAGCGGCGGACGAACAUUCGAAUCACCAGCAGCAACAUGCCCACGGCAAGGAACCGCCAGACAAGAAGGAUAAAAAGAAAUCCAAGAAAGAUAAGCAAAAGGGUGCGAAAAAGGACAAACAGAACAAAAACACCGGUCCGAUGCACUUUACGGCAAACAACGAGCCGUGCGCGCUUAACAUUCUUGGCGAUUUGGACCCGACCGUGUUCAACGAGUGUAAGGAGAAAAUGCGACCGGUGAAGAAAGCGCUCAAAACACUCGACAACCCGGACGAGUCGCUGUCGCAGGAGGAGCAACUGCGCCAAACGCGUGCUUGUCUGCUCAGCAUUGGCGACCAGAUAAAUCUCUGUCUAGCCGACUAUCGAGAUCCGGAAAAGGCGAAGGAAUGGCGCAGCAAUCUCUGGUACUUCGUGUCGAAGUUUACCGAGUUUGAUGCGCGCAAACUGUUUAAGCUGUACAAGCAUGCACUUAAGCGUACCGAAAGCACAUCGAACUCGGGCGGCGGAGACAACAGCACGACGAACGCUUCGUCCAACUCGUCCCCGGUUAAGGAAGGCAAGGACGGUGGAAAGGGCAAGAAGGCUGGUGGGAAAAAGGAUAACGGUCACAGUGAAGGAACGGUGCCACCAGGGGAUAGUGCGGAUGAUAAUCGGGAGGAAGAAAAAGCCGGGUCUCGGCGUGAUCGCAAAGAGAAAAAGCGACAUCAUCAUCAUCAUCAUCACCAUGGCACCGGAAUUGGGGGACCCAUUAUGAGUGAUUCGGCAUUACAGCAGCGUGAACGUUACCAGCAACAUCAGCAGUCAGCGGCCGGUGGUGACAAUAGUCAUCACGUGACGGAACCGGGUACAACCGGUGCCAAGGACGAAAACUCGACAGCGAUGCAUGCCAAGCGGCGUCUUGAGGAGGGAGAGUACGACGAAAACAGCAAAGAGUACAAAAGACUGCACGGGGAUAGUCGGAAUCAUCGAGAUCGCGAUAAGAAAUGGGACGAGUAUGGUUCGGACCGGGAUCGAAUGCGGAACGUGUCUUCAUCCAGAGGUAGUGCGCCGUCUACACCACAAAGUAUGCGUGUGUUUCCGGACGAUCGAGGGGCAGCCUAUCCGGUCGAUGCAGGUGUAUGGCGCGAUCGGUUUGGACCGGAGCAUAAACGGGAUCGAUACGAUGGUUACGGUGGAAGCAGCAGACAUACAUCUUCCGGGUACCAUCGUGGUGAUCGUGAACGGGAUCGCGAUCGAGACCGGGAUCGUGAGCGUGAUCGAGAUCGGGAUCGUGACCGUGACCGAGAUCGUGAUAGGGAUCGUGAUAGGGACCGAGCUUACAAGGACAAACGAAGGUACCCUCCAUCCGGACCGGGAGGUUAUCCUGGUGGUCACGGGUAUGGUAUGUCUCCGUCCACCGGUUACUAUCCUUCCGGCGAAAGCCCCUAUCGGUAUCCGAUGGGCAGUGGAGGAUAUCCACCUCCUUCAUCGCGACCACCCGGCGGUGCACCUCCUGUUGCCGUAGUUUUACCCUCCGGUGGUGGUGUGGUCGUUCCGGGCGCUCCCGGUGUUGUACCACCUGCGGACUAUCUCGACUAUCGGCGGCCAGAAUAUGAUCGACGGCCACCGCCAGCGGCAAACAAUUAA